GGGGAGACUCCCUACACGUGCGCUGAGUGCGGGAAAAGCUUCAAUUGGCGCUCAAGCCUUAUCACACAUCAGAGAAUCCACACAGGGGAGACGCCCUACAUGUGCGCUGAGUGCGGGAAAAGCUUCAGUCGGCGCUCACACCUUAUCAGACAUCAGAGAAUCCACACCGGGGAGACGCCCUUCACGUGCGCUGAGUGCGGGAAAAGCUUCAAUCGGCGCUCACACCUUAUCAGACAUCAGAGAAUCCACACAGGGGAGACGCCCUACACGUGCGCUGAGUGCGGGGAAAGCUUCAGUCAACGCUCACACCUUAUCACACAUCAGAGAAUCCACACAGGGGAGACUCCCUACACGUGCGCUGAGUGCGGGAAAAGCUUCAGUCAGCGCUCAAACCUUAUCAGACAUCGGAGAAUCCACACAGGAGAGAUGCCCUACACGUGCUCUGAGUGCGGGAAAAGCUUCAGUCGGCGCUCACACCUUAUCAGACAUCAGAGAAUCCACACAGGAGAGCAGCCCUACACGUGCGCUGAGUGCGGGAAAAGCUUCAGUCAGCGCUCAACCCUUAUCAGACAUCGUAGAAUCCACAGUGGA